AUGUUUUGGAAACUCCCAGCCUUCUCUGCUUCUUCUACGGUCGAGUCGGUGUUGGAUAAGGAAAAUUUUACAUUGGAAGAGCUUCUGGAUGAAGAAGAGAUAAUCCAAGAAUGCAAAUCAUUAAAUAGUCGCCUCAUAAAUUUUUUGAGAGAGAGAGCUCAGGUUGAACAGUUGUUGCACUACAUCGUUGAGGAGUCUCCAGAUGAUGCGGAUAGCAAACGAAUGUUCAAGUUUCCUUUCAUUGCUUGUGAAGUUUUUAUAUGUGAGAUUGAUGUCAUCUUGAAGACUUUGGUGGAGGAAGAGGAGCUUAUGGAUUUACUGUUCUCUUUUCUGCAACCUAAUCGUGCCCAUAGUGCACUUUUGGCUGGAUAUUUUAGUAAGGUUGUAAUAUGCCUAAUGUUGAGGAAGACUAUUCCACUUAUGAAUUAUGUAAAGGCCCAUCAAGAUGUUUUCAAGCAGCUAGUUGAUCUGAUUGGCAUUACAUCCAUCAUGGAGGUGUUGGUGCGACUUGUUGGUGUCAAUGAUCAUCUAUACUCCAAUUCGAUGGAUGUGAUACAAUGGUUGGCUGAUAGCAGCUUACUGGAAAUGAUUGUGGACAAAUUGGAUACAUCAAAUCCUCCUGAAGUACAUGCCAAUGCUGCAGAAACGUUAUGCGCAAUAACCCGAAAUGCUCCAUCACCUCUGGCCACUAAACUAUCCAGCCCUAGUUUUGUUGCAAGGAUAUUUGAUCAUGCACUUGAAGACUCACAUUCAAAAUCUGCCCUUGUCAACUCGCUGUCUGUGUGUAUUUCUUUGUUGGAUCCAAGAAGAUCAAUUUCUUCACCUGUAAUGUAUUCUUUCAAAAAUCAGCAUGUGUAUGAAUUAGCUAAUCCUGAUACUGUCGGUGCAAUGCUUCCCAAACUUGGGGACUUGCUGACUCUGUUAAGAGUGUCAUCUGAUGAGAAGAUUCUACCUACAACUUAUGGUGAAUUACGGCCUCCUCUUGGGAAACACCGUUUAAAGAUUGUGGAAUUCAUUGUGGAGCUGCUGAAAACUGGCAAUGAGGUGGCAGAGAAAGAAUUGGUCAGUUCAGGGACAAUUAAGAGGGUCCUUGAUCUCUUCUUUGAGUAUCCAUACAAUAAUGCCUUGCAUCAUCACGUGGAGAGUAUAAUAUAUUCAUGCUUGGAAAGCAAAAAUAAUGCCAUUGUUGAUCAUCUUUUUCAAGAGUGUAACUUGGUUGAAAAAGUUCUUCAGACGGAUAAAAAUCCUACUCUAUCUGGUGAACUCAAUCAGCCGACUUUACCUGUUACAGGAAGACAGGCACCCCGAGCAGGGUACUUUGGACACAUGACUCGAAUAUCAAAUAAACUUGUUCAGUUGGGAAACAAUGAUAAACGCUUUCAGCUAUAUCUUCAGGAAAAUAAUGAAUGGAGUGAGUGGCACACUACCGUCUUACAGGAGCGUAACAUGGUUGAAAAUGUUCACGGAUGGGCUUGUGGUCGGCCAACUGCAUUGCAAGAGAGGACCAGGGAUAGUGAUGAGGAUGAUGUCCAUGAUAGGGAUUAUGAUGUUGCGGCUCUAGCAAAUAAUUUAAGCCAAGCAUUCAGAUACAAUGCAUAUGAUAAUGAUGGUACUGAGGUAGGCUCAAAUAGAAAUACCAAAAGAGGAACUGCAUUGCAAGACAGGACCAGGGAUAGUGAUGAGGAUGAUGUCCAUGAUAGGGAUUAUGAUGUUGCUGCUCUAGCAAAUAAUUUAAGCCAAGCAUUCAGAUACAAUGCAUAUGAUAAUGAUGGUACUGAGGGUCAUGUAUCUCGAGAGCGAGUUGAGGAGGAUAUUUACUUUGAUGAUGAAUCUGCAGAAGUAGUGAUUUCAUCCCUAAGGUUGGGCGACGACCAGGGAAGAAGUUUGUUUACAAACUCCAACUGGUUUACUUUCCAAGAUGACAAAAUUGGUGAUGCACCUCGGAGAACUUCGCUUCGUGAUAUUAUGGACGAUAUCAAUUUGGAUGGAACACCCAAUGGUGGUAACAGCAGUAGUGACGAUGAGGUAAUGGUUGGCGAGGAUGAGGAAUUGAUUGAUAGCAGCACUUAUGCCAAUGGCUUGUCUGGCUCUAAGACAAACCCCUUCGAUAACUUCUAUGGAAACAACCCUGUCAACGGGGGAGACUUGGUUCCCAAGAAUAAUAAGGCCGGUGCCUCUGGAGACGGUUUCUUCCAUUUUGAGACUUCAGACAACGAGGAUCUGUUUGGAGACAGGCCCAUACCUGAAUGGAUUGCAUGGGGAGAGACAUCAGAUUUUCACGUUGGUGGAUCAACUGCGAACCCAUUUGUUGACCCAAACGACACAAGUGACAAUCCUGCUAGUUUAGUGGAGACGAGCACUGCCCAAAUUAGUUCCACUUCAGGUGGAGGCUCUCUACCAAAUGGCACCUCCAGUUCUACAGAUUCUAUUGAUGAUUCAACUAAAUGUGAUUCAAGUCAAAAAAGCAUUGCUCUCCCCUCCCUGUUCGAAGAGGACGUUGAAUUUGUGGGCGUCGAACCAGAGGGGACGGAGAAGGCAAUGGAGCAAGCUCUCAAGGAGGGUAUUGUUGGGGAAGCCGGGCCAUUGAAGAUGAAUCUCUCUCCAGAGACCCCAGAAAAGGAGGAUGGACAAGAUGAUGGAGCAGGGAUGAAGGAAUUCAACGAUGCAAACUAUUGGAGAGUAGAUCAUGAAGUUGCAGUGUUGGAGUACGGUGUCAGGAAUUUUUAA